AUGGCGUCAUGUUUCGAGAGCAUCUCCAACGAAGUCAUUGUAAAAAUACUGCACUGCUGCCGCUAUAAAGAAGUACUUCGAUUUGCUAUGACUUGUAAAAGGCACAAUAAUGUGGUCGCAAACUCUGCCAGCUUGCGCUUGCAGGUUGAACUGGAGGCAAGCAAUUUGGAGAUGAUAUCCGGUUCGCAUAGGGGAGGCGCGGGCUAUGUAAAAAUAUUGGAAGAGCUACAAAGUUACCAGAAGGCAUGGCUGAACCUGAAACUGAAAGAACCAACUUUUCAGGCCAUAAGGGGAGACAUCUUAAAGUGGGAACAUCGCGAAGCAUACUGCGCGGCGUCCUACUCUACCAAUUCAUAUUCCUCGUCUAAUGCGGACUCGAUUCAAGUUGGACAUCUCGACUCCCUCGACCCUCCGAAAUCAGUUACAAUGCCGAGCGAUUUUGAAGAUUUCACGGUAGAUCCCGGACAAGACUUGGUUGCAUUGCUCAGAAUCUCAUCUCGUGCCCGAAAACUUUUGGAGAUCAAACUUUGCUCAAUCGCUACUGGGCUUGCUCAUCCACUUGCACUCGAUAACUUGCUCAUAGAAGUUGAUUUUGAGCUUCCCUCGGCAAGAGUCAGCGCAUUCACCCUUGAUAUCAUGGGUGAUCGACUGGCAAUCAAGAUCUCACAUCCAGCCAUCCAUCGGUACGAAAUAAUAGUCUGGAAUUGGAAGCUGGGAAAGUUACUCCUGAGAACUGGAUCCAGCAUAGGGGUUGGCGAUUUCGUUUUUCUGGAUAACCUGAAUUUCGUGGUCUUAUCAAUUAAACCGGAUCAAGGUUACCUACGAUUGAUCACCCUCUUGAUUUAUUCCUUAUCUUCGUACCCCUCCGAUACCACGCCAUCCGGUGCUUAUGCUCGUGCUUCACAAAGUGACUGUGCCCAGCCAAUUCUUGAGUUGGACUUCCCUCGGGUGGAGGGCCACACUCAAGUUUUAUAUGAUUACCUCUUUGAAUCGGAUCCUUCUCCUGGACGAGCAAUCCACAUACCAUCAGUUGGUAUUGUUCAACGUACUGUGCCCACGCUUGGUAUAGGUAUGACCCUCCGACCGAUAGGGGUCCGUGCUAACCCCAUGUUUCUUCGAAUCUUUAUCGAUACACGGCACCUUAGCCGUUUUCUUUCUGACCGACCCAAAACGAAUAACACAGUCAAUGUACCUUGGGAUAAAUGGGGCCCGGAGGCUAGCCGAUGGUUCUGGUGCGAUGACGACGUAACUCAUGGGAUGCGGUGGACCUCUGGUUCUCGAUUCGUUAGCGUGCGUAGGAAUUCCGAGUCGGCGCUUGAUGAUCUCUCAGUCUUUGAUUUUGAUCCUCAAUCGACUGCAAGGCAUGCUGAAAAACCAGGUGCCCAUUCUGGAAUCCGUUCAUACAUGGAAAUGAUUAGAUCCAUCGUAUCGGAAGGAAAAGGUCUAUCCAUGGCGCGGAAGAUUUCUGACUUUUGGGGGUCCGACUUGCCUUUGUUGAUGGAAACUAUAGACGAUAGUAUGCCAACUGUUAUCAAGGAAAGCUUCGAGUAUCCAGUGGAAUCUCGUCUUCCGUAUCGUUUUAUCACCCGACCGCGGUUCGUACCAAAGCACAUGGACUGGUUGAUUGACGGGUCCCACAUCAUCGCAAUCGACGACAAGAGUGAAAAAAUGCUUGUGUAUAAGCUUCAAAUCUGA